UCGCCUCGCCUCGGGAUGUCCGGAAGCCGGCCGCCGCCCCAGCACCCUCCGGCCGGGCCGGGCGCCGCGGGCCCGCCGGGGUCGUCGUCGUCCGCCGCUGCCGCCUCCUCCGCCGUCACCACCUCGGCCUGCUCGGCCGCCUCUCCGGCGCCGGGCUCCUCGUCGUCGCCGUCGCCGUCGCCCGCCGCCUCGGCGCGGCCCGUUCUGGUGGCGGUCGCCGUCUCCGCGUCCUCCGGCGGUGGCCUCUCGCGCCUAGCGCCGCGCGCCUUCGCGGGCAGCGGCGCGGCCGGCGGCAGCGGCGGCACGAGCGGCAGCAGGAAGAGGCCGCUGCUCACCCCGCUCUGCAAUGGCCUCCUGAACUCCUACGAGGACAAAAGCAACGACUUCGUGUGCCCCAUCUGCUUCGAUAUGAUUGAAGAGGCGUAUAUGACAAAAUGUGGGCACAGCUUCUGCUAUAAAUGCAUUCAUCAAAGUUUGGAGGACAACAACCGAUGUCCCAAAUGUAAUUAUGUUGUGGAUAAUAUUGACCAUCUUUACCCCAAUUUUUUAGUGAAUGAGCUCAUCCUUAAACAGAAGCAAAGAUUUGAGGAAAAGAGAUUCAAACUGGACCAUUCAGUGAGUAGCACCAAUGGCCACAGGUGGCAAAUAUUUCAAGAUUUGCUGGGUACCGAUCAAGAUAACCUUGAUUUGGCCAAUGUUAACCUAAUGUUGGAGCUGCUGGUCCAAAAGAAAAAGCAACUGGAGGCAGAAUCCCAUGCCGCCCAGUUACAGAUUUUGAUGGAAUUCCUGAAGGUUGCCAGGAGAAAUAAAAGAGAGCAACUGGAACAGAUUCAGAAGGAGCUUAGUGUUCUGGAAGAAGAUAUUAAGCGAGUGGAGGAAAUGAAUGGCUUGUAUUCACCAGUCAGUGAGGACAGCACUGUGCCUCAGUUUGAACCAUACUCACCUUCACACAGUAGUGUUAUUGAUUCUACUGAAUACAGCCAACCUCCUGGAUUUAGUGGCAAUUCCCAGACUAAGAAACAGCCAUGGUAUAACAGUACAUUAGCAUCGAGAAGGAAGAGACUUACAGCUCAUUUUGAGGAUCUGGAGCAAUGCUACUUUUCCACAAGGAUGACUCGUGUAUCAGAUGACAGCAGAACCUCCAGCCAGCUGGAUGAAUUUCAGGAGUGCCUGUCCAAAUUCACUCGCUACAAUUCUGUCCGACCUUUGGCAACGCUGUCCUAUGCUAGCGACCUCUACAAUGGUUCCAGCAUCGUAUCCAGUAUUGAGUUUGACCGGGACUGUGACUAUUUUGCCAUUGCCGGGGUGACAAAGAAGAUUAAAGUGUAUGAAUAUGGCACAGUGAUCCAGGAUGCAGUUGAUAUUCAUUACCCAGAGAAUGAAAUGACCUGUAAUUCCAAAAUCAGCUGUAUCAGCUGGAGCAGUUACCACAAAAACCUCCUGGCCAGCAGUGACUACGAAGGCACCGUCAUCUUGUGGGACGGGUUUACGGGGCAACGGUCGAAAGUCUACCAGGAACAUGAGAAAAGAUGCUGGAGUGUGGACUUUAAUCUAAUGGACCCCAAACUCUUGGCUUCAGGCUCUGAUGAUGCAAAAGUGAAGCUGUGGUCAACCAACCUGGACAACUCAGUAGCAAGCAUCGAAGCCAAGGCAAAUGUGUGUUGCGUGAAAUUCAGCCCAUCAUCUAGGUACCACCUGGCCUUUGGUUGUGCAGAUCACUGUGUCCAUUACUACGAUCUUCGGAACACUAAGCAGCCAAUCAUGGUCUUCAAAGGGCAUCGCAAGGCUGUUUCAUAUGCAAAGUUCGUUAGUGGAGAGGAAAUAGUGUCUGCGUCAACAGACAGCCAGCUAAAGCUGUGGAACGUAGGGAAGCCACACUGCUUGCGCUCCUUUAAGGGUCACAUCAAUGAGAAGAAUUUUGUGGGUUUGGCAUCUAAUGGAGACUAUAUUGCCUGUGGAAGUGAAAAUAACUCCCUCUAUCUCUACUACAAAGGCCUCUCAAAGACAUUGCUAACCUUCAAAUUUGACACUGUCAAAAGCGUUCUGGACAAGGACCGCAAGGAAGAUGACACAAAUGAAUUUGUCAGUGCUGUGUGCUGGAGGGCGCUGCCAGAUGGGGAGUCCAAUGUGCUGAUUGCUGCUAACAGUCAAGGUACCAUUAAGGUGCUAGAGCUGGUAUGAGAGGUGCUCCUUCCCUCAAGGCUUUGCAUACUUGACCCUGCUUUCAUCUGGGAUUCUCAGUGGGGCACCGAACUGAAGCUCGCUGGCCCUUCCUUCUCAGAGUGGUCACACAUGGGGGGCUCUUUUCAUUUCUGGACACACGCAGGACAUCUGGGAACUCCCGAGAAGCACCCGUGAAUUCAGUACCAUCGGUAUUACCUCCCCAGACUUUGCUGCUGCUGACUCCAUCGCUUGUCUAACUUCUAGGAGGGGGCAGGGUGGGGGAGAAAUGGAUUCUUUUAAAUAAACGCCGAUGCUGAAAAAGGAAUGGUGAGCGUUCAUUGCGCCACAUGUGGAAGCAGGACAUCCCUCUGGCGACAGGCAUGGUGGCGGGCUUGCCCUUGUGCAGGGUUUGGCCAAGGGCUGCGCUUCGGAGCCCCGCUCUGGAUGGCCACUCCUGGCCUCUUUCCGUCAUUCCCACCCGAGGACAAACCCCUCUCGUCGCGGCUGGAACACCUUGACCACGUGUCUUUCUAAGUUGAAGCCCUCGAGUAAAAUUUGUUUGGCCCUUCUUGUUCUUGCGUUUGUUUUUGAAAGGAAUUAUGUGUUCAGGCAAGUUUCCUGUUCCAAAGAUCGAAGCAUCUCUGCAACCAACCAGAGCGACCUGUCUAAUAACCGGUAAUUCCUCUGUGCUCAUGUAGAAGGACCGCUUCCAGAGCCAUGCAGAGCAGCUCCGUCCCCACGUCCUCACAAGCAGCUGAUCUCAGCCACCUCUCUUGCCUGCCAGCCAAGUAUGGGCGCCAUCUGUGAUUCAGAUAUGUGCUGUUCGAGAGCAUAUCUGACACCCUUAAUUACCCCCUCCCCCACAGACCACCCAACUUUCACUUAUUAAUGACUUCCUGCCUCUUCUGAUCUGAGUUAAGUGGCAAUGGUCGAACUGGAGGCGCCCGGCAGGCACCGCCUGCUCACACACGGUCCAAUUUGUUUUCCAUAUCGGCUCCCUCCCCAUCGGUGUCACUUGUCGAAAUCAAGCAUUUUGAAUGUUGUAAUAUAUUUUGGGGACAGGCUAUGGUAGCCCUGUUUUUUAAUGACCAUGCAUACACUUAGUUGUACAAGUGGAGAGAAUGGGGCAAUAAACUGUGAUUCCGAGUG